GCUUCGUCGACGAGGAGUGAAAAUGUGAUCAACUGUUCCAAUUCCACAAGGAGUUGGAGAAAAGGGGACUACGAAAGCAUUUCAAAGGCGAACAAUGGACGCCGUUAUAAAAUGUCCCAUGUGGCUUUUGUGGAGCGGACUACUACUGCUUUCACUGUGGAGUAAACUUGCACUCGGAGCCUCGUUCUAUGGUGACGGCUUUGUGCAGCUGAAGACGGUGGAGUCUUCCAGCCAUACCACACUGCACAUCAGGUUCCGUACCUCCAGCUUCAAUGGGCUGCUCUUCCUGGCUGCAGGUCAGAAUGACUACUGCCUGGUGGAGCUACAUUCCGGUCGGCUUCAGGUGAGGUUAGAGUUGGGGUCUGGAGAGCGCACACUUCAAUCAGAGAAAGGAAUCCUUCUGAACGACCUGGCCUGGCACUCGGUGGAACUGCGACAUGAGAACCUCAACAUCGCACUAACAAUAGACAAACACUCCAGCACAAGGCUGAAGAUGCCCGGGCCAGAGAGGGUGCUCAACAUCCAGGAAGGUCUCUAUGUGGGUGGCACAGGUGGUCUGGACAAGCCCUAUCUUGCCAGCUACCCAGCAGGCUUCAGGGGCUGCAUUGAUGAGGUGCUCUACAAUCAGCACAACCUCCUGUCGUCACUCAGGCCGUAUUCUGGCUACAAAAGUGUCUAUGAAGUUUCUCUAGGGUGCAGCCCUCAAUUCCUGGCAAGCGUUGACGACCCCAUAAGCUUCUUCAGCUCCAGAGCCUAUGUUUCCCUCCCUCUCUGGAAUGUGCAGCAGGAGGGAGUGUUUGAAUGCGUAGUGCACACAUCAGCUGAAGAGGGGAUUAUCCUGUACAGCGCUGCACGUCAAGGGGACUUUGUCGCUAUGGAGAUCCGUGGGGGCUUGCUCGUUGCGGUUAUAGGAAAGAGUGGGACCAAGACAGAGCUGCGUUCCCUGACAUUUAUUAAUGACCUGAAGUGGCACCCCGUCAAGCUUCACUUCACUGCUAAGAGCCUUGAGCUGUCUGUGGAUGAAGAGACCGUGAAAACAAGCAUCAGCUCUCGUGCCCGUUCUCUGCAGCUGAAGGGAUCCCUCUUUAUUGGAGGCAUCGAUGACAGUACACGCACAGAGGUCAGGAAAAUGGGGCUUGCCUCCGUAUCAGGGAAAAGAGUCCGAGGUGGCUCUUUCAAAGGCUGCCUGAGAGACAUCAAAGUCAACACUUUAAAGAUGGGUCUUCCCAACACAGUGGUGACUAAAGAUAUAUCUGUGGGAUGUGAGCCUGAGAAAGAACCAGAACCAACCCCCACAAUGUCUGCUGUCCAUGUGACACCAACACCAGCAGUUCACUUGUCCACACUCGCCAAGGGACUGGAUAAGAAACGUGGACAAAACUUCUUCCUGCUUCGGGACCUUGUGGUUCCUGAAGGUGGAAGAGCAUCUUUGGAGUCUAAGCACAUUAAAGUGAACCUGGAUUUUAAGAAGUUGGGGAUCCGCCAGUCUCAGAUUGUGUUCAGGAUUGAAGAGCAGCCAGUUCACGGUCAACUAAGGCUGGAUAUAGAUCAAGACCAAGAGGAGAACACCUUCAGCAUUUUGGAUCUGUGGCAUGGGAGGGUUAUGUACAUUCAUGGGGGUUCAGAAGACCGACAGGACUUCUUUAUGUUCUCCAUUUUCAGUAGCAGUAAGCGGGAAGUCCCUGCUUACCUGAAGGGGAAUAAGCUGUACCGAUACAACAUCACUAUCACUCCGACUAACGAUGCCCCUGAAUUGAGCCUUCCUGAAGGGAACCUUUUUGUGCUGCUGGAGAACUCCAAGAAGCGCUUGAGCAGUGAUAUCCUCAAAGCCACUGACAUAGACAGCAACUAUACUGACCUAAUCUUCUCUAUACUUGGAAAUCUCAAUGCAGAUGCUGGGUUUUUGGAAUGUGAGGACAGUCCAAGCAGUGCAGUGACCACUUUCUCACACAUAGACCUGGAGAGAGGGAGGAUAAGUUAUGUGCACACUGGUGUUAGGACGUCCAGAAUUGUGUUACGAGUCAGCGAUGGCGACAAAGUCAGCAACACCGUCGUGCUGAGAAUCAUGGCCAUCCCCUUGGAGCACGGAAUCGCCAACAACACAGGACUAGAGGUGACGCAGGGUGAUGCCACCCUCAUAGGAACAGAGCAGCUGGCUGUACAGACCAAUGCUGUGAAGCAGGUGGUAGAUAUUCGGUAUGACGUGACCGAGCCGCCUCAGUUUGGGGAGCUGCAGCGGUUACACUCUAGUGGGGAAUGGAAGGCCACUAAUGUCUUCUCCCAAAGGCUGCUGGAGAAGGAGCGUCUGAGGUAUCUUAGCACCUUCCAAGAUAUUCAGAUGACUAAUGUCACAGAUCAUUUCAUAUGCAAGGUCAGCAUUGGAACUAUGGCCACUGAUGAAGUAGUCGUCCCAAUCACUGUAAAGUGGAUCAGAUAUAACCUGGUCAGAAAUGAAAUGGUAGAGGUGGACAAAGUGCGUAAAGUAUCUCUAAGCUCUGAGCACCUUUACGCUCUCAGCCAAGGGGUGAAACUUUCUGAAGAUCAGCUUUACUUCAGACUUAUGACAGUUCCAAUGAAAGGAAAUAUUCUCCUGAAUAAUAAGGUAUUAAUGAAAAACUCAGCAUUUAGCCAAAAGAACAUCACAGAUCUAAAGGUUGAGUAUGAGCUUGUUGAUCGGCCACGGGAUGACACAAGGGAUAUGUUCACCUUCCAGGUGUUUUCCAGGCAUGCUCUUUCAGCCAGCUAUGACUUCCAUAUCAGCAUUAAGGCAGAUGUCAACAGUGUAAUCUUACAAAAUGUAGGCCUAUUCAUAAUGGAAGGAGAAAGCAAGAUCAUUACCAAAGAAAGGCUUUUUUCAGAAACCCUAAGCACCAAAAUGAUGUUCUACACUGUGACUAACAGCCCUAAACAUGGGAAGUUAAAACGUAUAAACCUCUCCAGCUCCACCUCCAGCAAUGAUAACAUUACAGCUUUCACCAAUCAGGACAUCUUGGAAGAACGGCUGAUGUACGUACACGAUGACAGCGAAACCACAUACGACCAGUUCACAUUCAUUGCCUCUACCAGUCAGGCCUCUCCAUCCGCUCUGAUGAAGGACGAGAGUGGUGCUUUGGAGGCGACUUUUAACAUCUCCAUCCAGCUGGUCAAUGAUGAAAAGCCUGUGCGUCUCGUCGAUAAGGUCUUCCAUGUGGUCAGAGAUGGGCAGAAGCUGCUGACACUGGAGGACCUUUGCUACCAUGACGCAGACUCCGACUUCAACGAUGGGCAGCUGGUCUACACCCGUCGUGGCAUCCCCAUGGGGGAACUCGUGCUGGUGAAUGACACAUCCCAGAAGCUCUACCGGUUUCAGCAGGAGGAUCUGGAGCAGAAACGUGUGCUUUUUGUGCAUCACGGGGUGAGCUUUGGCCGAUUCGUACUGUUUGUAUCGGAUGGGAAGCACUACGCGUCAACACUGUUGGAUGUUAGCGCACAGGAUUCAUACCUGAAGGUAGGCAACAACACAGGCCUGCUGGUCCAGAAAGGGAAAGAAGGAGUGCUCUCUUCUAGUAACUUCAGUGUGCUCACUAACAUGGACAUCAGAGAGGACUCAGAGAUCACCUACAAGCUUUAUGUCCCUCCAAAGUAUGGCGGGCUGUACCGCAAUGACCUGAUGGUGGACACUUUCACCCAACAUGACCUGAAGCUGGGCCUCUUGGUCUAUCGUCACGAUGAUAGCAGGAACCUGGGAGACUUCUUCAAUUUCACAGUGAAAGCUAAGGGCAUGCGCCUUGAUGGCAGCGUGAACGUCAAGAUAUACUUGGAAAGCCACCAGCGGCCUCCAAAAAUCAUUCAUCACGACACUCUUCUGGUUGAGGAAGGCAAGCCUGUGAAGAUCACUAAAAGGCAAUUGGAGGUUACUCAUGAGGAUAACUUGGCAUCAGAGAUUGAGUUCACUGUAAAGGUACCCCCCUCUCACGGUUACCUCAGAAGCUUUGCAGAGAGUGAGGAGCGCUAUAUGGGGACAGAGCAGACGCCAAUCCGGACCUUCACCCAGAAGGAGGUGAACAAGGGGAAUAUCCAGUAUAUUCAGGUGGCAGCUGACCAGGGAAAUGACACCUUUGUUUUGGAUGCCACCAAUGGGAUCACCGAAGUCAGUGACAUCAGGAUGUGGGUCGACAUCAUCCCACAGCUUAUCCCGCUCCAGGUUUUCAAUAUUACUCUGAAGGAGGGAUCCACAAAGGCUUUGACCGAGGAGGUCAUUGAAGUUACCAACCAACACUUUGCUGGCCUGGACUUCCAGUACGUUAUCUCAGAACCUCCACAACAUGGCCACAUUGAGCAUUCUCGCGUCCCGGGUGUACCCAUAACCACUUUCACCAGGAAGGAGGUUGAACAACAGUUCAUUUAUUAUGUCCAUGAUGAUAGUGAGACAGUAGCUGACAACUUCACUCUCAUUGCCAAUGACACUGAUCUUCGAAAACAUAGCCUGCCGCGGAUGUUGUUUGUCAACGUUACUCCAGUUAAUGAUGAGCCACCGAUUAUAACAGCAAACAGGAUCCUGAGGGUUUGGGUGGGCUCCAUCACAGAGGUCACUGCUGAUGACCUGGAAGCCCAGGAUAAGGAUUCACCGGCAGAAAAGCUGGAGUUCAUCAUCACCCCACCCAGCAAUGGGCACCUGGCCCUAAAGAGUGCCCCUGGCCGGCCCAUUCUCAACUUCACACAGGCUCACAUCGACCAGGGCCAGCUGGUCCUGGUGCACAGUGGUGCCAUGUCAGGGGGCUUCAAUUUUCAGGUGAAUGAUGGGGUGAACUUCGCCCCCCGCCAGAUCUUCAGCAUCACAGCCAGGACUCUGGUCCUCAGUGUGGAGAGGAACUGGCCUCUGAAAGUGUUCCCAGAUUCCUUAACUCCAAUUUCCACUGAGGAUCUGCAUGCAGCCAGCAAUGACAAUGACAUCACAGGGAAUCGUACCAUUGUCUUCACUGUUGUUGGUCCACCAAAAUUAGGGAAGCUGGUCAAAAAGCAGGCUGACAACUCCACCACCGAGGUGUCCUCCUUCACCCAAAGCAUGGUGGACGAGGGAGAAAUAUUUUAUGAACAAAAUGGUGCUGCAUUUGUGGGGUGGAGGGCUCCAGACUCAUUCAGCUUCACCCUGUCAUCUCCUCCUGCUGCCCUUGAAGCCCAAAUAUUUACAAUUGACGUCUCGUAUGAAAAUACUGGCCCAGACCACAGAACAAUUCUCCUUGCAAAUACAGGUGCUGUGGUGAUUGAAGGAGGCAGAGUAGCAAUUGACAAGUCAAAGCUUGAUGCCUCUAAUCUAAUGGCUAAGCUGCCUGAGUCGCAGCGUCAGUCCCAUGAAGUCUGGUACCAGGUGAAAUCUCUGCCUCAGCAUGGGGUCAUCAUUGUGGGGGAGCGUAAUCUUACUAAGGAGAAGCCCAACUUCUCCCAGUUUAUUCUCAACAAGUUUGGAAUCACUUACGUACACGACAACUCAGAGACGACCUACGACAGCUUCAGCUUCGAUGCAUGGUUGAACCUGAAGAGCAAGCCAGCCCAGCGCCCCAUGGAUGACGGUGAGGUGGUGGAGGACUCCUUCAACAUUACGGUUACACCUGUCAAUGACCAGCCUCCUGUACUCAAGACCAAGGCCCCAAGCGUGAUGGUGGUGCAGGGUGAUAUGGUCAUCGUGGGGCCAGACAAUCUGAACGUUGUGGACAUGGACAACCCUCCUGAAGAUAUCAAGUACACUGUGAUCAGCAAACCCAACAACGGCUUUCUGGCCAUGGAGGGCAGUUUGAACGAGUCUACCCUGGCGUUCACCCAAGCUGAUAUCAACAGCAAGAAACUGUAUUUCAUCCAAGAUGGAAGCCCUUUCUCUGGGGUAUUUUACUUCAGUGUUACAGAUGGCCAACACCGACCAGUUUACAAACUCUUCAAUCUGGAGGUGACUGAGAUCACAGUUUCACUUAUAAAUAACACUGACCUGGUGCUAAAGCAGGGUCAGAGCUUGGCAGUUCUUACAUCUCAGCAUCUGGCAGCAGAGACCAAUGGAAAAAACACAACCAUCCAUUACCGGGUGACAGGGCCUCCAAGUCACGGCAAACUUCUCAUCGACGGCGAGGAAGCUACUUUGUUUGACCAGAGCGAUCUCCAGUCUGGCAGAUUGUCCUACCAUAUGACAAACCUCACAUCGUCCCUUGACGGCUUUGAAUUCACUGCUUUCACGUCCGAGAGUAAUCUGACCGAGCAGGUGGUCAACAUCACCGUGAUGCCCCUGAUCCACCUGGGAGAAGGUGUACGGAUCCCGAACGGCAUUGCUGUGAAACUACGAAAGGACAUCCUCAAUGCCACCGAGUUAGCUGUCCUCACUGGCAGCGACCCUCACUUUGAAAUCCUCUCCCCGCCGAAACAUGGCAAGCUGGUGAAAGCCACGUUUGACAUGGACGGAAAGUUUCAGCCCGUCACGUCCUUCUCCUUCCAAGAUGUGGUACAAGGAAGGGUGGCCAUCGAGGAGAGUGCAAACCUGACUGAGGUCCAGCAGCUGAAUGACUCGUUUGUGUUUAUUUUAAGAGCUGAUAAUGUCCAACCUGCAAGAGGAGAGUUUCUGUUCACUGUUGUGCCACCACAUGAUCUCACUCUGGGAAAGGGAGUCGUAACAGAGAGCCCCACUCCGACUAAUGCGUCUGUCUUGCUGAACCAAACUGCCGUGACUACAGCGACAGUGUCCUUAGGUCACACUGUAUCUAACUCUGUGGCCCCAACACACAGGUCCCACAAGACCUUAUCCAAGGUCAAAGGCCGGCACCGCUGGGGUAGCCAUAAUCGGACACACGCACACGACACGACUGUCCCAAAGACCACCUCUGGGAAGCGGGACCUCCCCCACAAGAACACCCCGGGGCGGGUGGAGUCCUUGCCCAAGCCUGCCUCCGACCCUCUCCUCAUCAUCCUCCCCCUGCUAGCCUGCCUGUUGCUCAUCAUCAUUCUGGUCGUGCUGAUCCUGGUGUUCCGCCACAGGAGGGAGAAGCGGGCCCUGCCUACCUUGUUCCAGAACCUGUCCAGCAACACGGUCCCAGGAAGCCCCUAUCUGGGGCAGCCAGAGAGGAGUCUUGCUGUCCCCUCAGUCAUCGUCACCCCGAUGACCCCCAGCUGCCCUGGCAGUCCCCUUCUGGAUGGGAUUCACGAGGGUGCGCUGGUGCCUGUGGUCGGGCCACAUGGUUCCUCUCUGCUGCUCUGCUCCUGGAACAAUCUGGAUCCAGAAACCGCCCAGCAUUGCCGUGCCACCCAUCCCACCCUGCGGGACAACCAGUACUGGGUUUGAUUCCCCGCUCGGUGCUUACUUCUCAGCUGCGGGUCGGCUAGAGAAAUAAGAUUAAACACAAGGCCAUUUUGCGCUUCUAUUUUUUAAAGAAAUUGUUGCCUGCCAAAAAUAUUCAUAAUAUGGUCUAUGAGUGUGCAGAUAAAGUGACAGUUAAUGGUUGUCAAGCGUUUAGAAAUCCACUGUUUUUUUGUCAUCUGAGGUCUGCUUUAAGAGAUUGAUGAAUUGGUGUUGUUCUUUCGUUAUAUUCCAGAAUGUAUCAAGUUAAAACGUGUGUAAAUGUGACAUUUGGGAUGUAACUGCAACAAAUACUUUAAAGAAACUGUGACAUUUAGUCCCUGCUUGAUGUGUUUUUGUGUGUAUUGUGGCAGGUAGACGUGUCUUAGUAUGAAACAACUACACUACUUAACUGUAGUGCUGAGGGUGAUGUGGCAUUCAAGCACCAACCAGAAAUCUUUUUGCAUUCUCCUUCUUAAACCUAAUAAAAGUUUAAGCCCAAGGCACCACCUGACAGCUGGCCCUGUGUGGAGGUGGGGUUUUUUGCCUCAGAAACCAAAUGUGCUGAAGUAACAUGCUAUCAUACUGGAUGUAGAUGUUUUGUGAAUAAUUGUCUGGGAGCAGAAUCUAAGUUACUUUUCAUGAGAAUAUUUGUGUUAUUUUAGUUAUAUCUUAUAAACCAUUUUAUUAUUGUCAAGAGCACAUGUGGGGAGUUCAGACAGACAGAAGGGAGUUAUGCUGCCACAUAAAAAAGUAUUCCACAGCAUCCUGCAAUGUAACGAAGAGUAAGGAAAAAUGAAAACCCAUUAGAAAUUAAAAAGGGCUUGUCAGUUGGCAGUGUAUAUACACAUUUAUAUACACAUUUAUUUUCUCAGGAAUUGUAAUCCUUUUCCCGAAUGAUGAAAGGAACUAGACUUCAUUAUGUACUACUGGUCUUGCACUGUUGACGUUUUGUUUUAUCUUUAAGUUGUAAGAUCUUAUGUAUUGUUAUACAUAUGAACAUUAUACAUUUCAAAUGUGAUUUUAAUGGGCUGUCUGAAUAAGCUGUAAACAUGGCCAUUGUCUCUUCAAAUUAAUACUUGUGAUUUGAGGUUGGGGAUAUUAGCAGCUAAGCAGCUAAUUACAAAAAAAGGGCUGCCUUUUAUUUGGAAUUCAUAAAGCAGUUUAAUAUGCCAAUUCCUCUCCACUGUUAUAGUAUGAUAUUUACUACACAGACAUUUUACUUUAAUUAAUUGUAUAACCAUCAGAUAUAUUCAGAUAUUGAAUUAUAUAUCUGUAUCCUUUACUUAAAUACUUUACUUCUGAAAGUAAAGUAUUCAAGUAAGCUGAAAAUGAUUUUACAUGAACUUGGUAGUCCUGUUUCCCAGUGCUUGUUGGUUAGGAAAUGAUACAUGCAGCACAAAUGAAGACCAGAUCAUGAAAUUGUUUCAGCAUCGAAAACUAAAAUUUAAAUGAACUUGCCUACAGAUGUAGUCCCAUAUGAAACUACUGUUUAUUAUUCUACUAGUGUACUGUAUCUAUAUUUUUUACUUUACUUAAUAAUACAUGUGUUCAGAACACUGAAUAUUGUCUUUUGUUUUUUGGUUUCCAGGAGGGAAAUUGAACCAUUAAUUUGAUAUGCUUACUGGGAUUUAUUUAUUCAAAAGGUAAUGAUUAACACUGAAAUGUAACCCACUCCCCAUUCACUACAUUGUACAGAGACUGAUGGUCACUUUUCAGUCCCUUACUGAUUGUCUAAUGAUGCAGUGCACCUUUAGUGAAAUUCACGAUAGCUACAAUAUUUUAUUUUUGCAUUGUUUUUCAGCUGCACCAAGUCAAUGUACUGUAUAUUUAUUACUUUAAUAAGUAGUAUUUUAAUAUCCAGAUGUAAGAAAAUAUGUAUUUCUGAAUGUAACCACUAUGAUAUGAGACACUAGGAGAAAAUGGAUACCCUCUUUCUUUCUGUAAAACCGUGGUGAAAUAUAAAUCAGUUUGUCAACUACAAAUUAUAUUUUGAAGAUGUAAAACAGAAUGAAAGGUUUUUUGUUUUUUUUAACUGUCACAUUAUUGAAAAUAUAUAUUUACGCCGUUAUAUCCUCUGUAAAAAUGGAAACUUCUUCCUAAAGUAUACAGUAUUUGUGUAUUAUUUUUUAAUAAAACUCAUUUAUGUGCAGGAUUAUUAUUCUUAUUUUAUUUUGGGGGAAAAAAAGACUGAAAAUUGUAAAGUAUGAAGUCAAGAUUUUCAAUGUGUGCUGCACUUGCCAUGUGAGUCACAUUUAUAACUGUUAAAUGCUUUUUGCUGGAAUUCAUGGCAAUUAAUGUUCCACAAUGCUGCCAUCCUGUAUUAAACAUGGUAAACCUCAUGUAACAAUGAUAAAUAAAUACACAUAAUAACAAUAAUA